UUGACAGUCCGAGACCGACUCACUCUAUUUUUUCAUUGUCUCUCUCUCCCCACGCAGUAGAACUGGAUACAAGUUUGUGGAGCAGCUCCGUUUCAUCGUCUUCGUAACUUUUUGCUUCAUCAGAAAGUAAAGUAAAGACAAGAAAAGGCUUGAAAGAUCAAAGCUACGUUAUGGAUAGAAUGUGCGGUUUCCGUUCGGCGGGAGAUUAUUCGGAGAAGGCUGAGCUGAUGAUGUCUUCUUCGGAGAGUCUUAUGUCGCUGUCUGAUUACCAUAACUUGAUUUGUUCAUCCGCCGGAGAAAACCACGUGUUUGGAUCCAACGAGCUUUACUCAGCAGCAGCUUCUGCUUUGUCCUCGGAGGUUUCGAUCGCGCCGCCUGCUCGAAGAGCUGAUCAGGACAACCCCUCACUUGGUGUCAUUAAGUCAAAAAUCGCAUCUCAUCCUUUGUAUCCUCGCUUGCUUCAGACCUACAUCGAUUGUCAAAAGGUGGGAGCUCCUUUGGAGAUAGCGUAUGUGUUGGAAGAGAUUCAGGGAGAGAACGAUGUGUACAAGAGAGAUGUUGCUCCUUUAUCUUGCUUUGGAGCUGAUCCUGAACUUGAUGAAUUCAUGGAAACAUAUUGCGAUAUAUUGGUUAAGUACAAAUCCGAUCUGGCGAGGCCGUUCGAUGAGGCUACAACUUUCCUGAACAAGAUCGAAACGCAACUUCAGGACCUGUGCACUGGUCCCGCUUCUGCUAGAGGCCUUUCAGUUUCAGAUGAUGGUGCGGUUUCAUCAGACGAAGAACUAAGAGAAGGUGAUGACGUAGCAACCCAGGACAGCCAACAAAGAAGUAAUGACCGGGAACUCAAGGACCAGCUGCUGCGUAAAUUCGGUAGCCAUAUAAGUUCAUUGAAACUCGAGUUCUCCAAGAAGAAGAAGAAAGGGAAGCUACCAAGAGAAGCAAGACAAGCAUUGCUUGAUUGGUGGAAUGUUCAUUAUAAAUGGCCUUACCCAACUGAAGCUGACAAAAUAGCCUUGGCUGAAGAAACGGGUUUGGAUCAAAAACAAAUCAACAACUGGUUUAUAAACCAAAGGAAACGCCAUUGGAAGCCAUCCCAGAACAUGCCGUUCGCUAUGAUGGACGAUUCUAGUGAAACUUUCUUUACCGAGGAAUGAAACGUAACAGAAGCCUAUGCAUUGACAUCAUGCGUUGUAUAAUUUUAUAUUACAUUGUUUUGCCAAGAAAAAAAAGGAAGCUAAAAGCUUCGGUACAUGGAGUGUCAUUGCCAGUAAAUUAAACUCCUAGAGUCCUAGGCCAAACGAAAAGAAUAUUUACAUGUACGGACGAGGGGCGAAACGACCCUUUCUAUUAAAAUAUAUAUA